GAGUGUUCUGCAAUCGCGCGCUCUUGCGACGGGGUUCGCGUUCGAUGGCGACGUUUGAGACUCUAUGCUUUGAUAACGCUGUCUUGCGCACGCUUCCAAUUGACGACAUAAAGGAAAACUUCGUCCGUAGAGUCCGUGGAGCUUGUUUUUCACUCAUAAGUCCAACGCCAGUCAAGAAACCGAAACUUGUGGCGUUUUCAAGGUCGGCAAUGGGACUUCUGGACCUUGGCGAUGAGGAAAUGAAGCGUGCCGAUGCGGCCGUGUAUUUCAGUGGAAAUUGUUUGCUGUUCGGCUCUGUGACGGCCGCCCAUUGCUAUUGUGGACACCAAUUUGGUCGCUUUGCGGGUCAACUUGGUGACGGAGCUGCCGUGUAUCUUGGAGAGAUUAUCAAUCAGAGUGGGCAGAGAUGGGAAAUCCAAUUGAAGGGUGCGGGUAGGACUCCAUAUUCGAGGACAGCUGAUGGCAGGAAGGUGCUGCGAUCGAGUGUUAGAGAAUUCUUGUGCAGUGAGGCAAUGCAUCAUCUGGGCAUACCAACAACACGAGCUGGAACGUGUGUCACAUCAGACACGAUGGUGCCGAGAGACAAUCUUUACAACGGAAACGUAAUCAACGAGAGAGCAACCGUUAUACUCAGGAUCGCACCCACAUUUAUUCGGUUCGGUUCGUUUGAGAUUGUCAAGCCGGAAGACGCUUCUACGGGUCGCGAGGGACCGAGCGUUGGAAACAAGGACAUUCUGGUUGCUCUUUUGGACUACGUCGUGUCCAGUUUUUUUCCUGAUAUCUGUUCUGAGUAUGAGUAUGGGUCUGAAGAUCGUUAUUUGGAGUUCUUCAAGGAGGUCGUUCGGGUAACCGCUCGACUGGUCGCAUUAUGGCAAUGCGUUGGCUUUACACACGGAGUUAUAAAUACUGACAACAUGAGCGUCAUUGGAUUAACGAUUGACUAUGGACCAUUUGGCUUCAUGGAUCACUAUUACCCUGACUAUGUUCCCAAUAAAACUGAUUCUGCAGGAUUCUAUGCAUAUAUUAAACAGCCUGAAAGGUGUCGAUGGAAUCUGGAAAAAUUAGCUGAAGCUCUCGCUUUGGUUUUGCCAGUGGAACGAUCGAAAGCGGAGCUGAAACUAUUUGAUACAGAAUUUGAGAAGUGUUACACCGAGAAGAUGAAGUUGAAGUUUGGUUUGUUGUAUCACCAAUCAGAUGAGGACAGUGACCUGUUUGAGUCAUUUUUUGAAACAAUGCAUCAGACAGGAUCGGAUUUUACCAACUCAUUUCGUUGUUUGAGUCGGUUUCCACUGCCUGGUGCUGCCAAUGAAGAGCAAGCUAAAUUGGAUGUUUUGGACUACUUGGUGUCUCAGUGUAGCAAGAGACAGGACCUACUGAAACGGUCCAGUGUAAACAUGGAGCAAAGGCAAUUGACCAUGCUAAUGGAUCUCGGUCGAGCAAAUCCACUCGUGCUGUCUUUACUUGGUGUAAGCAUGGAACAGCUGCAACGGGAAGUGGAAAUGCAAGAACAACGUCAACAAUUAGAGGUGAUGGGAGAUGAAGAGAAAGAAGCCAGUGAUCGCCAGCACUGGUCCAAAUGGCUGGAUCAGUACAGUGAACGACUCAGUAAGGAGUUAGAAGCAUUAUACGAAAUGACUAUUCAAGAGUUACAGGAUCGUCGUAUUUCAGUAAUGAAUUCGAACAAUCCUCGGUUUAUACUGAGGACUUACCUGGCACAAAAUGCUAUUAAACUUGCUGAAGAUGGAGAUUUCUCGGAAGUAUCACGACUUCUUCGUCUUCUUGAAUCUCCAUUUUCUGAUGAAGCACAUAUAGAUUCAAGAGUUGGUGAAAAUUUGUUUACUCAACCAAGCAGCCAAGCUUCUGGUGCUUCAUCAAGUGCCUGCGCUUCAUCACAAGUUCAGCUGUAUGACAGUAAGCCACCUGUUUGGGCACAUGAUAUACAAGUCACUUGAUCAUCGUAAUCCCGUACUCAUUGAUCCAUUCCAGAAUGAUCUGGUGGAUAUGAGAAAGGGUUUAGCAGACAUUUAUUAUGUAAGUCUUGAUGGUUACACAAAUGAUGGGGCAGUCUGAAAUUGUCACUGACAAUGGGCUGCACUUGAUGAUAUGUGUAGCACUGUAUAUUGUGCAUGACUUACAAGUAAGUAUGACAACUUUGGUGUAUGUAUUUUUGAUGUAAAUUGAUUAGAUGUGCCAUCUGUUACA